AUGAUUGCCAAACAUCGAGAGUCCCACGAGGGCUUCGAGUUCAUUGAGACUCCCCCUCCACCUCCGCAGCAACCUGCCGAGGACUGCGGUGUCCGCACCACUGCUUAUCCCGCGAUCAAAAAUGCCCCUCUCCCCGCCGACGCGGCCGGCAGCGAGUCGUUCAACAACUAUGUGAUGAUCGGCCUGUUGGUCGCGGUCCCAGCGUAUUUGGCACGCCAGCUCCACGGCGGGCUGUACACGACGCUGUUCCUGGCGACGCUGACCUCGAUCCCGAUCCUGAUGGCCUUUUGGACGGUGGCGUCGUCGAUCUCGCCGCGCAAGAACGAGAAGGCCAAGCUCCCCGGCCGGCCGAUCGAGCACUACCUGCAUUUCCGCAACGAGGAGGACCGCGCGCGGUACCACGGCAAGAGGCGCAUCCCGAUGGAGACUUUCCACGAGAUGUAUUUCGAUCAGAAGGUGGAUUUCAAGGGCGACUGCCUGGACGUGAUGGAGUACAGGCACGACUGGGCGACCUUCCGGUUCACGCUGAACAUAUUCAAGUUUUUCUUUACCGGCUUCAUCCCCGAGGUCAUCAUGCACACGCGGUCGCAGGACGAAGAGCAGGUCCGUGAGCACUACGACCGGGGCGACGACUUCUACGCCUGGUUCCUGGGUCCGCGCAUGGUCUACACGUCGGGCAUCGUCUCGGAUAUUAGCCGCGAAGAGUCGCUGGAGGAGCUGCAGGACAACAAGCUGGCCAUCGUGUGCGAGAAGAUCGACUUGCAGCCCGGUGAGCGCCUGCUCGACAUCGGCUGCGGAUGGGGCACGCUGGCCAAAUACGCCAGCGUCAACUACGGCGCCCACGUCACGGGCAUCACCCUCGGCCGCAACCAGACUGCGUGGGGAAACACCGAGCUCCGAAACGCAGGCAUCGGCGAAGACCAGAGCAAGAUUUUGUGUCUGGACUACCGCGACAUCCCCGUCCCCGAGGGCGGCUACAAAAAGAUCACCUGUCUGGAGAUGGCCGAGCACGUCGGCGUGCGGCAUUUCAGCGCCUUUCUGGCCCAGGUGUACAACAUGCUCGACGACGACGGCGUCUUCUACCUGCAGUACGCCGGCCUGCGCAAGUCGUGGCAGUACGAGGAUCUGAUCUGGGGCUUGUUUAUGAGCAAAUACAUCUUCCCCGGCGCCGACGCCUCCACUCCGCUCGGCUUCGUCAUCGACAAGUUGGAAGGCGCCGGCUUUGAGGUCAAGGGCGUCGACACCAUCGGCGUUCACUACUCGGCUACUCUGUGGCGCUGGUACCGCAACUGGAUCGCCAACCAGGACAAAGUCAAGGCCAAGUACGGUGUCAGAUGGUACCGCAUCUGGGAGUUCUUCCUGGCCUAUUCCACCAUCACUUCCCGCCAGGGUGGCGCCACCUGCUUCCAGAUCACCCUGGUCAAGAACCUGAACAGCACCCACCGCAUCGAGGGUGUCAAGACCCAGUUCGGUCUCCAUGCCGCUCUACAGGCGGGAAAGGCGCGUUUGGCGGGGUCUAGCAAGGAAUGA